GAGGCCAGAAGUUGACGGCGCGGCAGGGCGCGGGGUGCAGGGCGCGGAGUUGGUGCGGGGCCUGCGUGGCGCGCCCAGACGGUGCGAGACUGCGGCGUUAAGCGACGCGAGUGCCCGGAGCGCAGCGGCGGUCAGUGCCUGGGCCAUUGACAUUCUCUUCUCAGGAAGACAAGGCAGAUGUCAUAUGGGAGUAAGGGUAGAGUUCAACUUACUCUUUCUUCAAUGUGAAAGGAAAGGAAGGUCAUUUCAUGCCUUGUUGAUAAAGGUAGGUAUUACUGAAGCCCACCACUCUGUUUACCUUUGUGAAGACCUCAAGUAAUUCAGCCCUUCAUCCUGAGCCUGGCCUACUCCAACCCUCUCAGCCUGGCUGUACCUCUCAGUAGGACCUGUGGGAAGUUCUGAAUCCUCUGCAAGCUACUCCCAAGCUGUUUCAGAAGUGAUCAGGAGAGUGGAUGUACCUGAAGUGGAUGUACCUGGUAUAAAUCAAGUUCAAAUUUCUGCUGAAUCAUAUCCAUUUGGUGCUGAGCUAUGACAAGAGAGGAAACAAAAAGUUAAACAAGCAAGCCUGCCUUAAGUUGAGAAGCAAACUUCCUUGAUAACAUGCUUUUGCGAAGUUCAGGAAAAUUGAAUGCGGGCACCAAGAAAGAGGAUGGUGAGAGUCCAGCGCCCACCCCUCGUCCAAAGAUCUUGCAUUGUAAAUGCCACCAUCAUUGUCCAGAGGACUCCAUCAACAAUAUUUGCAGCACAGACGGAUACUGUUUCACAAUGAUAGAAGAAGAUGAUUCUGGGACGCCUGUGGUUACUUCAGGAUGUUUAGGACUAGAAGGCUCAGAUUUCCAAUGUCGGGAUACUCCCAUUCCUCAUCAAAGAAGAUCAAUUGAAUGCUGCACAGAACGGAACGAAUGUAAUAAAGAUCUGCACCCUACGUUGCCUCCACUGAAAAACAGAGAUGUUGUUUACGGACCUAUACACCAUAAGGCCUUACUGAUAUCUGUGACUGUCUGUAGUUUGCUCUUGGUCCUUAUCAUUUUAUUCUGUUACUUCAGGUAUAAAAGACAAGAAACCAGACCUCGGUAUAGCAUUGGGUUAGAACAGGACGAGACUUACAUUCCUCCUGGAGAAUCCUUGAGAGACUUAAUUGAACAGUCUCAAAGCUCAGGAAGUGGAUCAGGCCUCCCUCUGCUGGUCCAAAGAACUAUAGCUAAGCAGAUUCAGAUGGUGAAACAGAUUGGGAAAGGUCGCUAUGGGGAAGUUUGGAUGGGAAAGUGGCGUGGCGAAAAGGUAGCUGUGAAAGUGUUCUUUACUACGGAAGAAGCCAGCUGGUUCAGAGAGACAGAAAUAUAUCAGACAGUGUUGAUGAGGCAUGAAAAUAUUUUGGGGUUCAUUGCUGCAGAUAUAAAAGGGACAGGGUCCUGGACCCAGCUGUACCUAAUCACAGACUAUCAUGAAAAUGGUUCCCUCUAUGAUUAUUUGAAGUCCACCACCCUAGAUACAAAAUCGAUGCUGAAGUUGGCCUAUACUUCUGUCAGUGGCUUAUGUCAUUUACACACCGAAAUCUUUAGUACUCAGGGCAAGCCAGCAAUUGCCCAUCGAGAUCUGAAAAGUAAGAACAUCCUGGUAAAGAAAAAUGGAACAUGCUGUAUAGCUGACCUGGGCCUGGCUGUUAAAUUUAUUAGUGAUACAAAUGAAGUUGACAUACCACCCAACACGCGAGUAGGCACCAAACGCUACAUGCCUCCUGAAGUGUUGGAUGAGAGCUUGAAUCGUAAUCACUUUCAGUCUUACAUCAUGGCUGACAUGUACAGUUUUGGACUCAUCCUCUGGGAAGUUGCUAGGAGAUGUGUAUCAGGAGGUAUAGUUGAGGAAUACCAGCUCCCCUAUCAUGACCUGGUGCCCAGUGACCCUUCCUACGAGGACAUGAGGGAGAUUGUGUGCAUCAAGAAGCUACGGCCCUCGUUCCCCAACCGGUGGAGCAGUGAUGAGUGUCUAAGACAGAUGGGGAAACUCAUGACGGAAUGCUGGGCUCAUAAUCCUGCCUCGAGGCUGACAGCCCUCCGUGUUAAGAAAACACUUGCAAAAAUGUCAGAGUCCCAGGACAUUAAACUCUGACUUGAGGGGAAAAGUGAGCAUAUCCUUAAAAAGCCAGUAAAUAGUUUUCUGUUUGUGGGCAGAGCAAAAGAUGUUAAAGAAGCAUCCAUAGUGAAAGCCUUGAACAUCGUCCUGCUUCCCAGUGGGUUCAGACCUCACCUCUCAGGGAGAGCCCUGGACAAAGACAGAGAAGUUCCCAGAAACCCAGAUUCAUCCAUGUCUGCUUGUAGGAGGGAGAAACCACCUGGGUAACUUGUUCAAGAUAUGAUGCAUAUUGCUUUCUGAGAAAGCCCUAUAUUUUGGGAUUGCUUUUUUUUUUUUUUU